AUGUCUGACGUAGAAGAACCAACCUCACCCGUUGCGGAAGCCGAGGAAGUUGAGGUGUCUGCAGAUGCUACCCCCAAGGGACAGAUGACUGUUCUAGACGCUCUGAAGGGUGCCUUACGAACAGCUCUCAUGCACGAUGGCCUCGCCAGAGGUCUGCGGGAAGCAUCAAAGGCUCUCGACAGGCGUGAAGCGCACAUGUGUGUCUUAAACGAAGCAUGUGAGGAAGAGGCGUACAAAAAACUCAUUGUCGCACUUUGCUCUGAACAUAAGAUCCCCCUCAUCAAGGUACCCGAUGGAAAGCAGCUGGGCGAGUGGGCUGGCUUAUGUGUAUUGGAUCGUGAGGGAAAUGCACGCAAGGUUGUCAACUGUUCAUGUGUUGUCGUCAAGAAUUGGGGCGAGGAAUCUUCUGAACGCAUGAUGCUUCUCAACUAUUUCCAGACCGAGCAAUAA